AGAGAGAGGGGGUGGCAGGGGGACGCAGAUUGAGAGAGAGACGCGGGAGAGGUACUGAGAGAGAAAGAGAGCUUCAGAUUUUGGGUGGUCUUGUUCUGAAUUUGACAGUUAAAAAGUUGAGUUUUCAGAUGACUCACUGCCUUAGUGAUCAGCCUGACAGUCUUUGGAGUGUCAGCACAACCCGGUGUCACUUCUGUCACACGCUCUGGGCAACACAGACUCCUCUGUGUGUCUCUCUCUGUCAAAGUUUUUUUUACAGGUGUGGGAGAGGAUGCAAACAUUUGUUCAGAGACUCGUCCCCAUCCCUCUCUCCUUCUUCCUCCUCUCCUCCCUCCUCCCUGUCUCUCCCGGUUGUGAUGAACAGACGAGCUAUCUUUGGAAUGUACAAAACGAGAAAAAAUGCUGCAGAAAGUGCCAACCAGGGUAUUUCAUGAAGAGCAGGUGUCAACAGGGUGCUGACACCCAGUGUGUUCAAUGUCAGGACGGACAUUACAACAAACACUACAACAUCAAGUUCAACUGCGAGACCUGUACCAACUGCAACCAGGAACACUUUAUGUAUCAGUCACUGUGCACUAGGAUCAAGAACUCAGUGUGCACCUGUAAGCCUGGGUACGAGUGUCAAGACAACAGCUGCUCAAGAUGUAUUGAGCAGAAGACCGCCUCUGUGAACAGUGCUACUGCAAAAACAGCUACAGUCGCCUCUUCCUCCAACAACACCACCACCACUGGCCUAACAUCCUUGCGCAGCUCAGAUACCUGGUGGAAAUCGAUCUCCAUGUCUGCUGUCAUUCUGUGCAUUGUAUUAAUCUCUCUGAUCCUCGUCCUUCGUUACAGGACCGGAUUGCAGUGGGCGAAGAGGACAGCGAAUGGGCUCCUCCUCACGAAGACUGCCCACCAGCCACAGAUGUGCACGGAAGGGCAGACGCCGGUGCAGGAAAGCGACAAAGCGAAGGCGAUGCUAUGCACAGAGAUCCCUCACAUGGACUGCAGGAGUAACUGCACCUUAGACAUCCCACUAGUUCCUGGGCUGUACCAGUGAGAGGGGGUGGGGGGGUGGCUGGG